AUGAUCAAUAUUUUCGCUGCCUUAAAUUAUAUGGAGGAUAUGCAGGUGAAUUUUGUUGUAUUUCAAUAUGAGGGACUAACUAGAACCUGGUGGAACGUAGUUAGGGCUAAGUGGGAGAGAGAGGGGACAGCAUGGACAUGGUUGAAUUUUGUACGGGAGUUUAAUGAUAAGUAUUUUUCACCGAUAGUCCAGGAGAAGAGCGAGCAUGAUUUUAUUAAGCUCCAUCAGGGAACCCUCAGUGUCUUUGAGUAUGAGACUCAUUUCACUAAACUAUCUAAGUUUGCACCUGAAUUGAUAGCUAUGGAGCAAAGGAGGGUAAGGAGAUUUGUACAGGGACUCAAUGUGAAAAUACAGGAGGCCUUGGCGGCGGCACAAAUUAAUACGUUUACGGAGGUUUUGGUGAAAGCCCAGAGAAUAAAAAUUGCCAGUUCAAAAGUAAGGGAUUUUCAUGCAAAAAGGAGGAGUAUGCCUGCUGGAGGUCAGGGACAGUUACAUGAUGAUCUAGGUAUGCCACCCUCUAAGGUGAGUCGAGGAGCUGGUGGUGUACGAAUUUCGGGGACACCUAAGGAAGUUACUUCGAGAGGUACCUCACAAGUAGAUCAAACCUUAACUCUUCACUUAUCUUGUGGAUAUUGUGGGAAGACUAAUCAUACUGAGAAUAAUUGUUGGCGAAAGGCACGAAAAUGUUUAUGGUGUGGUAGUGUUGAGCACCAACUUGCAGUCUACCCCCGCAGGUCAAACCUAAACUUUAACCCAGCAAAUAUAGGAGGAAAUAAACCCAGAGUGCCUGCUAAAGUAUACCUUAAACUGUCAAUCAGUGCUUAA